GAACGGAACGAGUGAUCAUCACCGAAGUGAAACGGGCGUGCAAGGCAAAGGCGAUCCGAACGACUUCGCCGCGGCGUCUCUCUUCGAUCCCACACUCUCCAUUUCUACCGCAGCAAUGGCGUCGGCUUCGAUUCCCUUGAGCACACGCCCUUAACUGCGAUCUGAUCAUCUCGGUCAUGAAGAACAAGAUCUUUUGCGGCGGCGGCGGCAGUGGCGGAACGGUAUUCCAACAGCUGAUGCAACAGCUCGGAGACGAGGAGCCCGUGGAUUUCCAGCUGCCGGACUGGUCGAAGAAGCAGAAAUCAGCGCCCUACAACUUCAUAAGGCGCAAUGUUUAUCUCACUAAAAGGAUAAAAAGGCGUGCGGCAGAUGAUGGCAUCUUCUGCUCCUGCAGCCCAUCACCGGGAAAUUCGGUUGUUUGCGGCAGAGAUUGCCUCUGUGGGAUGCUUUUGUCUUGUUGUUCUCAAAGUUGCAAGUGUGGAAAUCUAUGUGUGAACAAACCGUUCCAGUAUCGGCCAGUGAAGAAAAUGAAGUUAAUUGAGACAGAAAAAUGUGGAUCUGGGGUAGUAACCGAGGAGGAUAUAAGACAAGGAGACUUUGUGAUAGAAUAUGUUGGUGAUGUAAUUGAUGACAAAACUUGUGAAGAAAGGCUGUGGAAAAUGAAGCAUUGUGGUGAGACGAAUUUUUACCUGUGUGAGAUCAACAGGGACAUGGUCAUUGACGCUACAUACAAGGGAAACAAGUCUAGAUUUAUAAAUCAUAGCUGCCAGCCGAAUACUGAGAUGCAGAAAUGGACAAUUGAUGGUGAAAUACGCAUUGGUAUAUUUGCAACUCGUGAUAUAAAGAAGGGAGAGGAGUUAACAUACGAUUAUCAGUUUGUACAAUUUGGAGCAGAUCAAGAUUGCUACUGUGGUUCUGUAGGUUGCAGGAAGAAAUUGGGAAACAAGCCUAGCAAGCUGAAAUUUUCUUCUUCAGACACUGCUUUGCAACUAGUUCUUUGUGAGAUUGCAGCUUCCUCUCCCAAUUCAAAAGCACUUCUGUAUGGAAAAGCCAAUCUGGAAAGUGGGAGAUCAAAUAUGGAAGGAUCACAAUCUUUUGUUGCUCGCAAAAGAAAGAGUGAGUUCCAUAAUUGCAUCUAUGAAGUUGUACGAAUCUGGUCUCCUCAGUAUAAAAGGUAUUAUGGAGGAGUUAUACUGGAAUUUGAUUGCUAUUCUAGAAAACACACUAUAAUCACGGAGGAUGAGAGGGUUGAAAACAUUGAUCUGUCGAAGGAAGAUUGGGAUUUUUUAUGAUCUCUGGGUGUCAUCUCAUCUGAAGAUGCAAGUCUUAUGUAUGGCUUACUGGUAUAAUGCUUUGUUCAGGAAAUGGAUUGAGGCAUGGCUAGGCAUAACAUGUGGCAGGUCUGGAAAUCGAUGGAUUUGAAGUGAUGUAAACAUUCCAAGGCUUGAUGAUCAUGUCGAUGGCAUGCUCAUGAAUUCACCUUUCAAAGCAGAUAUUGUUCAGGCACUUUUCAAUGUGGACCAGAAGAGAUGCCUUGUCCUAAUGUUAAUGUACAUAUGAAACCGGAAAGCAUGCAUGACUCUUCUAGCUACUGGAUCUGAGGUAUGUGAUUAAAUAAAAAUAUAACAUAACCUUAAUUAUGCUUUUAUCA